AUGUCGUCGACGCGUUAUUCGCAGCAACCGCUGCAAAUCUACCAAGAUCCAACCUCCUCCUUCGACCGCGCCCCUAUGCCCUCAGGACAAAAAUCGAUUACCAAAAAGCUAUCACCACUUCGCCCUAUAAAGAAUGCUGCGUCGAGGAAGAAUAUCGUUUUCAACCCUCCACACGCUGGACCGAGCAAACAAUCCCCUCUGAAGUCGGCUCAGCAAACCUCCAGUUCCCCUUCCAGGGCUCCAUUCAGCAACAAGUUGAACAUGAUUUCAAUGCCACCUCCUGGGGUGUCCUCAUGCAGUACAGAUUCUAUGGAGAAGAAGCAAAGUUCAACGUCAAACUAUAAGCCCCAAAAGGCUCUGUUCUCGAAUUAUUCGAACAGUGCGUCGUUUGAUCAGGAGAACAACUACCCCCCCUACCCAGUACCAAUAGCACCAUCUCAUGAUAGACUGAAUGCGUCAAACUUCUCCCUGGAAGGAUUGUAUGGACAGAAGCCACCAAAACGCUUGAUGGAUGCCGCCCCGAUUCAUGAAUCUAGACCUUUUAAGAGAACCAAGCUACCCGUUUCGGAAGUUCAAGAGGAGGAUAAUAUGGAGUUUGUGGAAUUGCCUGCCCCGGACUCGUUCCCUCCUCUGGUCGAUGAUGGAUUGAAGCCACCUCACAGCUAUGCUCAGCUGAUUGGAAUGUCUAUAUUGAGAGCACCAAAUCGACGACUUACUUUGGCCCAGAUCUAUAAAUGGAUUUCAGAUACGUACACCUUUUACAGUGCAACAGAUGCCGGAUGGCAGAACAGCAUCCGACAUAACCUCAGUCUCAACAAGGCCUUCAUAAAGCAGGAGAGACCGAAGGAUGACCCAGGAAAGGGCAACUAUUGGGCAAUCCAGCCAGGGAUGGAGCACCAGUUCAUCAAGGAUAAGAUUACUCGCAAGCCACCUGGACCAAAUGAGAAUGUGCCUGUCUUGUCAACCAACCUUUCUCCUGUCAAUCUACCAGAGACUACUCAAUUCAAACCUCCACCACCACCUCCUGUACAAGCACCCGAGCUCCCUCCGCAACAAUCAUACACACUCCCAGAGCCUCAACUUUCUACCAUUGCAGAGCUAUCUUCUGAUGCUACGAUCCCAGGCUCGGACGCUUGCAACACAGAACCAGAAAUCGAAGAUGAGCCCGAGAUCCCGUCGUCACCUUUGAUGCAUUCCUCGCCUCCUGCUGCCGCUAUGCAUUCAUCACCUCCAAUCGCACGCCAUAUACAGAAGAGACAUGAUACACCUCCCCCCGUUCCACGCUUUCCUUCUUCCUCGAGAACCCGAUCGCACAAGCGUAAAUAUGCUUCAAUGGACGAUAGUGGAUACUUUUCGUCCCUUGAUUCAUCUGCUCUACGUCCUCAUCGACUACUCACCUCGGAAGCUGACCGACCUCGGAUAAAGCGUGGUCGUGCCGAGGAGGAAAUCGCUAGACUACGCGGCUCUUCAUACGACAGUCCAACAAAGAACCGAUCACUCUUUGCUCCAGCAUCCUCAUCACCUAUGCGUGUCAGUUCUAAGAACGAGCCUUCGCAAAUGCUUCCACCUCUGACCCCAGCCGUGAAGCUAAAGCCUCCUGUUCGACCUCCACCAUCCGUUUCACCCAAUACCAACCUCCGACUUCAUCGGGAUCGAGUACGGGAAAUGGUCGGUUCCCCACUUCGUGGUAUGACAGUGCUUGAUGAGAACACACCCUGGAGCCCUGCCUUCAAUCUGGACGAACCUUCUACCUCAAUGUUUCAGGACUUUAGUUUGGACUUUGAUAUAUUCACAGACGCUUCUGCAAACCUGCUAGGAAACUAUGGAGCAACUUCACCCGAGAAGAAAUCCGUCAAGCGACCUCGCUUAGACAGAUCAAGAUCAGCCAGCAUGCUUGCGGAUCUGUCGCACAACAACCUCAACAAGAGUAUCACCUCUACUCCCUUGCUGAAGUAUACACCUUCACUAGGGAUUGGAUUCAGCUCUCCUCUCAAAGGUCUCGGUCUUUGUCAAUCACCAAGCAAGCUUCUCGACCUCGGUUCUCCGUCUAAGAUCUCAAGUCCAAGCUUCAAUAUUUCCCAUUUCGAACUUCCUCAGGAGGACUUUUACGGCUCUGAGUUCCUGGCGGAGGAUAUCGAUGAGGGUUGGGACAUCAUGCAAGGUUUCCAGAAGAUUGGUUCUGGCACCAGCAAUGCCCCAAGUCAAAGUAUGAAGAGAUCGCCAAAGGCUGGUGGAUCGCGACCGGGGCUUCCUCGAAGCUUCACGUCUCGCUUCUAA